AAACAGCCUCUGACAUUGCGAUUGGCACCGGCGGGCAGGAGUAUCAGUCUGACAGCCACAAUGUGUUUUUUUUUUCCCUGGACGGCGUUGUUCUCGGUGCUACAAGCUUCUUUCCCGGAAUGGACACGUAGCGACCCUGUGUCGUUUUAGGUGCACUGGGUGUCAGAGAGUAUAGCAUCCAACCAACCACACUGCGCACGGAUUUGACUGGCUCUGACUGAUUUCUGCCAUGCAUCCGCAUUGAGAAAAUUAUUAUGGGACAUACAGCCAAGGCUUUUCAUUUCCCCGUGCUUUGAUAAAUGAUUGUUACAUCACGUUUUUUCUAAUUUAAUUAGCAGACAUAUUUACUGACAAAAUAUCCUCUCAUUGUUGGCAGCUGCACGCGUUGCCUACCUGUGUCUGGCUUACAUCUUCAUUGACAUCUCUGCACCCAAGCUGUGUUUUGUAGAUUCCCCCCUUUUCUGUUGCAAGGCAUCACCGUCAUCCCCAGAAGUAGGCUGCCUAUUCAGAAAUGCCUCUUCAAUGCUGGCUGCAGACAUCCCGCCAGCGUUCUUGAAAACCGCCAGGAUCGCGGGGUGAACUGACAUGGAUAGUGGGAGCCGGGCUGCGACGGUCGGGGACGGUGCAGCCAAUUUUACAGCAGCCCACCUCAGACUGGAUCUCCUCAACGCGUCGAGCCCGCCGAUCCGGUGGGACAACAGCCCACCUGACGAGGGAUCCGGGCUGGAUGAGCAGCAGCGCCUCAUCCGAGAGCAAGUUUACCGGGACUUCACCACCACAAUUCAGGUUUUCAUCCUCAUAAGUUCGCUACUCGGAAAUGCCACAGUGUUGUGGUGCACCUGCUGCACGAAUGUCUUUAAAUCCGUGACCAACCGAUUCAUCAAGAACCUGGCGUGCUCGGGUAUCUGCGCAGGCCUGGUGUGCGUUCCCUUUGACGUGGCGUUAGGAGCCAGCCCUCGAUGCUGCUGGUGGCUUCACGCUCUGGUGCUCUGCAAGGCCAUCAAGUUCCUCCAUAAACUCUUCUGCUCGGUUACUGUGCUCAGUUUCAGUGCCAUCGCACUCGACAGAUACUACUCUGUGCUGUACCCGUUAGAGAGGAAAAUCUCAGAUGCAAGAUCCCGAGAUCUGGUCAUCUAUAUCUGGGUCCAUGCGGCGGUGGCGAGCCUCCCUGUGUUUGCUGUGACCAAUGUGACGGACGUGUACGUCACCUCAUCCUGCUCAGAUGACCAUGCCCGCUCCCUGGGCCACAUGGUGUACAUUUUGAUCUACAACGUCACCACGGUGAUCCUUCCUCUCGCUCUGGUCUUCCUCUUCAUGCUGCUCAUCCGCAGAGCGCUCAGUGCCAGUCAGAAGAAGAAGGUGAUAAUCGCGGCACUGCGGACUCCCCAGAACAGCAUCUCCAUUCCGUAUGUGUCCCAGAGAGAGGCUGAGCUACAUGCCACUCUGCUGGCUGUGGUGCUGGCUUUCUCAGCCUGCAGUGCCCCCUAUGGGGCCUUGGUGGUUUAUCGCACCAUUUUGGCAGACACUGAAGAGCUACCCAUUGCACUGUAUCUCACAGCCCUCUGGCUUCCCAAGGUGUCCCUGCUCACCAAUCCACUUUUGUUUCUUACUGUUAACCGCUCAGCGCGUCAUAGCUGGCUGGAUCUGCUGACCAGGAUUCACAGACGUUACAGCCGACGUAACAUGGUCAGCACAGGGGGUCUGGCCUCUUUAGGAGCAGAGGGUGUGAUCGGGGAGCCGGUGGGGCUGGAGACAGCUGGCCGCUCUGGGAGCCAGCUCCUGGAGAUGUUUAACAUCGGUCAGCAGCAGAUCUUCAGGCCCUCUGAGGAAGAAGAGGAUGUAGAGAAUGAGAUCCCAUCUCAAGGAUCAGGAGGCUGCUCUGGACCUAAAGAGGACCACAAGGUUGGGUCGAGACUGGGGAGCCUCAGAGGGGAGGUGAUCACCAAAAAGGACCCUCUGCAGGGGACAGGGGGAGGGCUAGUUAUCACCAAGGAUGGCCCUCUUUCAAUCAUAGCACCCCGGACCUCUCCGGUCCACACAUGUGCAUAUGCCUCUUCAUCUCAGGUGGCACCAGCUACACCCACAGAAGUGGAGGACUCCCCACAGUUUGGUUUUGGACCGUUCGAGCUGCCACCUCAGUGGUUACCAGAGACCAGGAACAGCAAGAAGAGGCUGCUGCCUCCAUUGGGUAACACACCUGAGGAGCUGAUUCAGACCAAGCUGCCAAGGCCGCGUCCUGAGCGUAGAAUCAGCAGGAAUAACAAGGUCAGCACCAUCUCCACUGUGGACCCAUGAACUACUCCUGCUGGCCACUGAUCUGCAGCACUGGACACAACUCUUUUACACGGUAGUCCUCUUGGGUUGGCCAGGCCAUGGCAGGAUAUUGAUCUGUCAAGCUGCUCUGUGAGAUGUGAGAGGUGUUUUUGGUUCAUUUAAAUGUUUUCACCUUUUUUCAGAUUUUUUCAGAUUUUCUCAGACUCAGUAGUAGCCAUUGUAGAAUUCCUGUUUUUCCACUUUGCUGCCAGAGGCACUGCAGCUUUCUUUUUGGACGAAAAUCUAUUUGAUAUCAAAUAUUUACAAUGCUGUGAGAAAUACGUCUGCUCAGUCUAACUGCACUACGACUUGGACAGACCCAAUUCCAUGAUUAAGAACUCCUACAAUGGCUACAUGAUUGAGAAGGCAGAUACCUUGUUGAAUCUCCCUUUUUUUAAUUACAGCUGGCGAUCACUAUGAACACACUGUACAAAUCCAAUUAUUCUGAGAGAUGCACUGAUACAGACUAGUAUAUUUACAUAGCAAAUAAUCAAGCGAAGAUAUUGAAUCUCCUAACAAAACAUUUUUUGAAAUGGUUAUUCUGUGAUUGCACUCUCAGUGUCAGUCCUUUCAAAUUUUUUCUCAAAUCUCACGUUUGGAAUAUUCACAUUUCUUGUAAUGUGGCAGAUGUUGUUGUCAUUUGUACUGUAAAUGUAAGUGGAUUUGAUAAGAUGAAAAAUGCAGAUGUACAGUAUGCAAAUAUGUUUAAAAAAUGUGACAGUUUAUCAGUUUUUAUCGUUUAACUGUGUGUUUAGACUUGUUUUGUGGAACACAAAGUGCAUCAAAUCAUCCAGGUCUGGGGUCUUUUGGUCCCUGUAGAUCAAUUUUAUUGAUUUUCUGAAAAUCAAUUGCUCAUUCAAAUGAUUGUAAAAUAAAGCAAAAUAACCAAGAAAA